AUGGCUGAUAACGACGAUCUUCUCGACUACGAAGACGAAGAGCAGGCAGAUCAACAGAACGUUGACGGAGCGACCGAAGCGGCGCCAAAAAAGGAGGUUAAGGGAUCCUACGUAUCGAUUCACAGCUCUGGCUUUAGGGACUUUCUGCUUAAACCUGAAAUUCUACGAGCCAUUGUGGACUGUGGUUUCGAACAUCCAUCAGAAGUUCAACAUGAAUGUAUUCCUCAAGCGGUACUAGGUAUGGAUAUCUUAUGCCAAGCUAAGUCCGGUAUGGGCAAAACUGCGGUGUUUGUACUAGCCACGCUACAGCAACUGGAACCUUCGGAUAAUCAUGUAUAUGUUCUUGUCAUGUGCCACACCCGAGAAUUAGCUUUUCAAAUCAGCAAAGAGUAUGAACGCUUUUCUAAGUACAUGGCCGGCGUCCGUGUGUCAGUUUUCUUCGGCGGCAUGCCGAUUCAAAAAGAUGAAGAUGUUUUAAAAACUGCAUGUCCUCAUAUCGUCGUUGGAACACCAGGACGUAUUUUAGCCCUCAUUAACAAUAAGAAAUUAAACUUGAAACAUCUAAAACAUUUCAUUCUUGACGAAUGCGACAAGAUGUUGGAAUCUCUUGACAUGAGAAGAGACGUGCAAGAAAUAUUCCGAAACACUCCUCAUGGAAAACAAGUAAUGAUGUUUUCUGCCACUUUGAGUAAAGACAUCAGGCCAGUAUGUAAGAAAUUCAUGCAGGACCCCAUGGAAGUGUAUGUUGAUGAUGAAGCAAAACUUACUCUGCAUGGACUUCAACAACACUAUGUGAAACUUAAAGAAAAUGAGAAGAAUAAGAAGUUAUUUGAACUCUUAGAUGUGUUGGAAUUCAACCAAGUAGUGAUAUUUGUAAAAUCGGUUCAGAGGUGCAUAGCUCUAGCACAACUUUUGACGGACCAAAACUUCCCUGCCAUUGGAAUUCAUAGAAACAUGACACAAGACGAGCGUCUUUCCCGUUACCAACAGUUCAAGGAUUUCCAAAAGAGAAUAUUGGUAGCUACCAAUCUGUUUGGAAGAGGGAUGGAUAUUGAAAGAGUUAAUAUAGUAUUUAAUUAUGAUAUGCCUGAAGACUCUGAUACCUACCUCCAUAGAGUGGCCCGAGCAGGAAGAUUCGGUACCAAAGGCCUAGCCAUAACAAUGGUGUCGGAUGAAAACGAUGCAAAGAUCCUGAAUGAAGUCCAAGAUCGUUUUGAUGUCAACAUAACGGAGCUACCGGAUGAGAUUGAGUUAUCCACUUACAUAGAGGGACGAUAA